CUUUCUAACGUCACCCAUUGACGAAAGCGGAAGUGGGUCGCUUCCAGCUUUAGCCUGCUAUCUGAACACCAAAACAGCGUGUGUGGAGUGUAAUAUCAUCGUGGAUAUCGGCUGGAGUGUGUCCACUCGGCUCCCUGCUGUCCGCCGCUGGUUGAAACAGAACCGAGACGAAGCUGAAGAAGCGGCCGAUUUAGAGAAAUGGAGGAUCCCGGUGGUUCUGCAGCCGAGUCUGUGACUCCAUCGCAAGCAGGUGCCUCCAAAUCAAAGGUACAUCACACACAUCUAUGUUGCUCCAGGUGUGACAGCUCUCACCUGUAUCCUGUUGGCAUAGAAGAUCAAGGGUCAUUGCCACCCGUCACCCUAGACUGAAACCUGGCUUUUUUUUUUUGUUUGAUUUCAGGUGUAAUUGGUUUUAAUUGCAUCAGAAAAUAGCCGCUAAAGCAUCAUUCUAAGUGUUGGAACGAUGAAAUCUGAUGAUGAUGAUCUUGUUUUGUGAUUCAAAAAGUUUCAGAUCUUUAACUGUGGGCGACGGUGGCACAGGAGUUAAGUGCUCGCCCCGUAAUCAGAAGGUUGCAAGUUCGAGCCCCGCUCAGUCUGUCGCUGUCGUUGUGUCCUUGGGCAAGACACUUAACCCACGUUGCCUGCCGGUGGUGGUCGGAGGGACCGGUGGCGCCUGUGCUCGGCAGCCUCGCCUCUCUGGACACCUUGUCCAAAGAAGACCUGAUCAAAUAUGCCAAAAAGCAGAUUGCUGCAAUGCAAAAGAUGAAGGGCAGGUGUGCAGAUUUGGAAAAAGAAGUUGAAACUCUUAAACAGCAAUCCAAAAACAGUGAAAGAAGUUUAGAUGAUGCCUCCCUAAUACAGGAGCUGACAGAGAGGAUGGACACCUUACUCCUAGAGAAGGCAGAAACUCAGCAAAGUCUUUCACUCCUAUGUAAAGUACUGGAGAAAACCAAGCAGCAAGCCAAGGAAGAACUGGCUGAGCUGCAAGGUGAGCAUGAGCGUGCAAUGGAAGACCACCAAAACAAGAUCAAAACUCUGGAACGCAGCAUUGAAGAAUCCCGAGGCCAACACCAGGAGGAAGUGGCUUAUUUUCAGAAAUUACUCAAAGAGCAAGAGGAGCUUGAUAGAGAAAGGGAGAGUGAAAGGGAGAAAGAGCGCAAAGCAGAUUCUGACAGGGCUAAAGAGGCUGCAGAAGUCAGGCGCUGCUUAGCAGCUCAGCUGGAAACUCUUCAAGCUGAACUGAUGGAAAACAAAGAGGAAAAUUCCCUUGAGAUGGCUGAGUUACAGGAGAAUUACCAGAGGGAGAUAACGAAGGCCCAGCAGGAGCUGGAGAACCUGAAGGAGGAGCUGGCUCAGAAGAGUCUGCAGCACGAGGAGGAAAUGAAAACUCUGGAGGAGGAUUGUGAGAUCGAGAGGGAGCGUCUGUUGUUGCUCACCGACGAGCUAACUGAGCAGCUUGCUCUCAAAGAAAGCUACUUGCAGGAUGUUCAAGAGGAAGAUGAAGAAGCUGCCCGUGGUUCAGGGAUUGCCAAAAUGCUGGAGCUGUCUGGAUGCAAACAGGUUGAUCCCUCUGGUGAAGGAGAAGAGACGGAGAUGAGCCGGCUGAGAGCUGCUCUGGAGGACCUACAGUCCCAGAACACCAUGCUGCAGGAUGAACUGACCUUGCUCAGUAAUGUAAAGACAGAGCUCGAGGCAGAAAUGGAGCGGGCCAGGGAGGAGUUUCAAAUAGAAAAAGAAGAGUUAGAGUUUAAAAUUAAUGAGCUGCAGAUGAUCAAAGAUCCUGAAUCAGUGAUAACUCUGGAUUCUGACCAACAAGAGAUCCAAGGAGAAAGCUCGACAAAAGACCAAAACUUCCUGAAUGUAGAGGAGCAUGUGAAGCUGAACGAGAAGCUGAGAAGCCACUGUGAGGCUUUGACCCAAGAACGAGACACUGCUGUAGCUGAGUGCCAGCACAUGAGAGACAUCCUUCAAAAUGUGGAGACACAACUGGGUGAGAAGACAAAUGAUUUUGUUCGGCAGUACAGUGCCAUGAAAGAACAGGGAGCUAUUACUGUCCAAGACCUCCAGGACAAGAUCGAACAGCUCCACCUCGAAAAAGACGAGCUGUCAGUGAGGAUGAAUGAAGUCACACAAGAGAGAAGCUCUCUGAUGGAGAAUAUUCUAGAGCUUAAGCUGAAACUUGAGGUUUCCUCAAAUGAAAACCAAAGACUUUUGUCUUCUGUAGAGGAACAAACCAGUUUAGCCAGUGAGUUGAAACAAUCAGUGCAGGAUCUGAUGAGCCAAAAUGAGAUCUUGUCCCAACUCAAAAUGAAGGAGAGUACAAUUCAAGAUUUGAAUGAAGUUGUCCACUCACUCACAGAAGAUCGAGAUGAAAUACAGCAUCAGUUAAAGGUCAAAGAAGAUGAAAUGCAAAAGCUGGUUGAUGAGAGAACAAAUGAGAUCGAGAAGCUGCUUCAGGAGAAGGAAAGAGAAGCACUUUUGCUCAGAGAAGAGAAAGAAAAACAGCUGGAAAACCUGAAAACGAAAACGGAGAACGAAAUGACAGAAAUUAGAGGAGAGAGAGAAACGGUGGAAGGAAGUCUUAGAGAGAAGCUGGUGGUCCUGGAGGAGAAAUGUUCUGCUUUAGAGCUGAGCGUUAAAGAGCUCUCCACAGAGAAGACGGGUCUCCAUCAGGAACUGGAGCAGGCUCUAUCAGAACUUUCCAGGGUUCAGGAAGAUGGGCAGCAUUUAGGGUCUAAGCUGGGAGCACUGGAAACUCAGAUGGAGCAGAUGGCAUCUGAAAAACAGCAACUGGAGGAAAAGUUUAAAUCCCUGAUGGAUGAGGCUGAACAAGCCCCCGGCUCCAUGAGAAUGCAGGAGCAAAAUCAUGCUGCAGUUCUCCAAAUGUCCACAGAAAAGGUCAAAGAAUUCCAAACACGUGUGGAUGAGCUGGAGAAGGAGAGAGGCCUGAUAAAAAGCAGACUCACAAAAGAGGCUAAAGCCGAAAGAGGGUCAGAAGAGAUGCUGCAGGACCUGCAGAGCCACAUCAAAGACCUGGAGAAGGAGAGAGACAUGCUGAGAACAGACCUGGAGGACAAGAUGAAAUAUGCUGAAGGGCUGCAGAAAGAGCUGCAGGCUGUGAGGAUGGUUAGUGAGGAGAACCAGACACUCCAGGCUCAGAUCUCCCUGGCUAAACGUGAGAAGGUGGAGGAGGUGGGAAGGAAGCUUGAGAACGUAGAGAAACUCAGCAGAGAGCUCCAGGAUCAGCUGACUGAGAAGGAGUCCCUUGUGUCCCAGCUAAGGAGGGAAAUGGAAGCUUUUCGGAAAUCUGCCCAGGUGGCAUCCUCUGAUCAACCCGAAGACGACGAGAUGACAAAGAAAUUAGCUCUUCUGGAAAACGAAAUCAAAGGAAAAGAUGAGAAGAUCAACAAAAUCAAGGCUGUUGCAGUCAAAGCCAAGAAGGAGCUGGACAGCAGUAAGAAGGAGGUUCAGACUCUGAAAGAGGAAAUAGAGUCACUGAAGGCAGAACGGGAGAAAGUAAACAGCUCUAUGAAAGACAUCAUCCACGGUGCUGAAGGCUACAAGAACCUGCAGAUAGAUUACGACAAGCAGACCGAGCAGCUGGACAAAGAGCGAGAGAAUCUGGAGGCAGCGGAGAGACAGAUUGCUGAUCUGACCAAACGACUCAGCAGUGCUGUCACACAGACGGAAACACUGAGCAGUGAGAAGGAGGAUCUGUUGGCUGGUUUGGAGACCAUGAGGAGCACAGUGAAGCAGUUGGAGGUCAAGAACCAGGAGCUGCAGAAACAAUUAGCAAAUCAAGACAAUGACCUCCUGGCUGAGAGAACAAUGAAGGAGCAAAAGCUUAAGGAUUUGUCAUCUGCCACGAAGGAGGUGGAGGAGCUGACAGCUCAGCUCCGCAAGCAGCAGCAGCAAUCUCAGCAGGCCGCUCAGGAACUGGAGCAGCUACGCAAGGAGGCGCAGCAGAAUUCCCUGCUGGACAUGGAGAUGGCCGACUAUGAACGUCUGGUGAAAGAACUCAAUGGCAAGCUGAGGGAGAAAGAGGCGCAGCAGGAGGAGUUAAAAGCCCAGAUUAGCAGCUUCACUCAGAAGCAGGAGACGCUCAAGCAGGAAAUCGAGGCUUUGAAGUCUCAUUUGGACCAGGAAGAGGAGAAGACCAUGAAGAUGAAACAGCUGCUGGUGAAGACAAAGAAAGACUUGGCAGAUGCCAAGAAACAGGAAAGCUCGCUGAUGAUGGUUCAGGCUUCUCUGAAAGGAGAGCUGGAGGCUAACCAGCAGCAGCUCGAAAGCUCUAAGAUUGAGGUGUGUGAGCUGACAGCCGAGCGCCAUCGUCUGCAGGAGCAGCUCAGGUCUGCGCUGGAGCAGCAACACCGAACCAGCAGCUCCCUGCAGCAACGCAUCCACGGUCUGCAGCAGGACAGAGACACCGCUAAGGCUGAGCUUGUAACAACAACCAGUGAGUUUGAGAGUUACAAGGUACGAGUCCACAAUGUGCUGAAGCAGCAGAAGAGCAAAACCAGUGCCCAAAGCGAAGGAGACUCUGGCAAAAGAGAAAGGGAGCAGUUGUCCUCCCAGGUCGACCAGCUGAGGACCAGACUGACGGAGAGCCAGCAGAGCCUCCUGAGCAGCACAGCAGAGCUGCAGCAGCUCCAGACCGAACACGACACUCUGCUGGAGAGACACAACAAAAUCCUGCAGGAAAACAUCAGCAAAGAAGCUGAGCUCCGCGAGAGGGUUUUGUCACUGCAGUCGGAGAAUGUGGCGCUGCGGUCGGACCUGUCCCAGGCUCAAACUGACCUGUCCUCCCAGGCUGAGGCCCAGCGGCACACCUACAGGGAGCAGCUGAGGAAGCUGCAGGACGACCACCGGGCCACCAUGGAAAUGCUGCAGGGACAACUGACCCGAGUUGAGGAGCAGCUCUUCAACCUUCAGAGCCAGAGCAGUUCUGUGUCAGUCCAGUCCAGCCGUAAGCCCCUGGCAUCAGACCCUCAGCGCAGAAUUGCUGAUCAGAACCAGCCAGGGUUGGGAAUAGCAGCCUUCAGCGACCUCCAGUCUAUGGCAAGGGAGGAGGGAGAGGGCAUGGAGACCACAGAGAUGGAGAAAUCCUCCCCAGCUUUUACAUCCCUGCUCUCUCUGGAGCAGUUGCUCACAUCCCCAGAUCCCAAACAAGAGCCUUUUGUGUGGGCGGUGGAGCCGACCAAAGAGGAGUUACGUGAGAAGCUGAACACGGUUACCCGCAGUAUGGAGCACAUGAACAGUCUCCUGCAUGAAACCGAAGCCACCAAUGCUGUUCUCAUGGAGCAGAUCACA